CACAAAGAUGAUAAACCUUCAAAGACUUUUCCACUCUCUUCACACCAUAAAUUGUAUAUCAUUCUACUAUUUCAACAAACUAAAAAAAUAUCUAAAAACAACAAACAAUAAAAUACAAAGUAGAGUCAAGAAGAAGCCAUGUUCUUCAAGCUCCUCACCAUCUUCUUCUCCAGCCUCCUCUUUCAAUCCCUGCAAUCCUCGUCUAAAACACUCAACUUCAUAUACGAUGGCUUUCCUCAACGGAGCUACAUAUCCAUCCAAGGGAUCGCUGCUGUCACACCCAACGGUCUGUUGAGGCUAACCAAUACGACCGUUCAGCAAACCGGUCACGCCUUCUAUAACAAACCAAUCCGGUUAAAGAAUUCGCCAAACGGCACCGUUUCAUCCUUCUCCACAACCUUCGUCUUCGCAAUUCACCCUCGUAUCCCAGGAUUAAGCGGCCAUGGCAUUGCUUUCGUCAUCGCUCCUAACACACGUCUCCCUUACGCAACGCCAAGCCAAUACAUGGGUCUCUUCAACAUCACAAGCAACGGUAAUAAAACAAAUCAUGUGUUCGCUAUCGAAUUGGAUACUAUACGGAGUACAGAGUUCAAUGAUAUCAACGAUAACCAUGUCGGAAUUGAUAUCAAUAGUUUGACGUCGGUGAAAAGUUCACCAGCUGGAUGGUGGGACAAGAAAGGCCAAUUCAAUAACCUUACUUUGAUUGGUAGUAAACCGAUGCAGGUUUGGAUCGAUUACAAUGGUCGUACACAUAAAAUCAAUGUGAUGAUGGGUCCACUGAACGAGGAGAAACCUAAAAAACCGCUUGUUUCCAUUGUCAGAGAUCUUUCUUUUGUUAUUCUCCAAGAUAUGUUCGUGGGUUUCUCCUCCGCCACUGGUACUGUUCCGGCAGAACACUACGUUCUUGGGUGGAGCUUCGGGGUCAACCGCGAGGCUCCACCAUUGGAUUUAUCAAAACUCCCAAAGCUUCCUCUGCUCCAUCCCCCGAGAAUCUCAUAUUUUUGCAGGUUCGGGAUACCGUCCAUUUCCAUCAUUUUGAUUUUCUCGUCUAUCUUCCUUGUCUGCUUUAUCGCAAGGAGGAGAAGAAUGUUCGAAGAGGAACUCGACGACUGGGAAACAGAGUUGGGGAAGAACAGAUUAAGGUUCAAAGAUUUGUACUAUGCGACCAAAGGUUUCAAGGAGAAAGAUCUUCUUGGAUCAGGCGGGUUUGGAAGAGUUUACAAAGGUGUGAUGCUUGAGACAAAUUUGGAGAUUGCUGUGAAAAAAGUUUCGCAUGAUUCUCGACAAGGGCUUAAAGAAUUCGUGUCGGAGAUUGUGAGUAUUGGUCGGAUGAGUCACCCGAAUUUAGUUCCUCUCUUGGGUUAUUGCCGCCGGAGAGGCGAACUUCUUCUGGUGUAUGAGUACAUGCCUAAUGGAAGCUUAGACAAGUACUUGUACAACACUCCGGAGGUAACACUUGAUUGGAAACAGAGGAGUAAAGUCAUUUUAGAUGUUGCCUCUGGAUUAUUCUACCUCCAUGAGGAUUGGGAACAAGUGGUGAUACAUAGAGACGUCAAAGCCAGCAAUGUCUUGUUAGAUGGAGAACUAAACGGGAGACUUGGCGAUUUUGGUUUGGCUCGGUCUUAUGAUCACGGGGCUGAUCCUCAAACAACCAACGUCGUAGGGACAUUGGGAUACUUGGCCCCUGAACACACCCGAACUGGACGUGCCACUACCGCUACUGAUGUUUUUGCGUUUGGGGCGUUCUUACUAGAAGUCGUGUGUGGUAGACGUCCUAUCGAGAUCCAACAUGAGAGUGAUGAAGUUUUCUUGCUCGUGGAUUGGGUUUUCCGGUUAUGGAACAGGGGUAACAUCUUGGAUGCUGUAGAUCCGAAUAUCGGUUCCGAGUAUAACGAAAAAGAGGUCGAAAUGAUUUUAAAGAUUGGUCUGUUGUGCUCUCACUCUGACCCACGGGCUAGACCCAGUAUGAGACAAGUGCUACAUUAUCUAAGAGGAGAUGCAAAGCUAUCAGAUUUGUCUCCAUUGGAUUUGUCCAAGAGUGGGAUGAUGUUUGGGGUCCAAGACGGAUUUAGUGAACUAAGGAUGUUGUAUGCUUCCUCUGUCUGUAAAAGAUAUACUAGUGGAUCUUCCAUUGCUGAUUCUUUACUCUCUGGUGGGAGGUGAACGCUUUUAAAUAUUUGAUCGUUGGAAAUGCAAAUAUCCGUUGUCCAAAAAUGGGUGUACAGAACUGGUUGAAUCAAUAAAUCAAGGCUAUAAUUCUUU